CGUCAUUUCUCUGAUAUUUUAUCAUUUUAUUUUUACAGAAAUUUAAUGAUAUAAUAUUAUUAUAUAACAUUAUACUAUAAUUAUGUUAAAUUUGAAACAUAAAUAAUUUUUUUUUCAUUAUAUAGAUAAAAGAUAAUUUCAAUUCAUAUUUUUCCCAAUAAUUAAUUUGUUUCGUUAUUCCAGAGAUUUUUAUCAUAAAAAUCAUUAAUUUUAAAAAGUUAUCUCCGAUCUUCCUUUAAAUAUAACUUCUUUGACGAUAUUUUCAAGUUCUCCUAUAAGAAUGUUACACGCAUAUACUAAUUAUUCAAUGUUAAAUUGAAUUUAUCUGAUUUAUAAUCGUAUAUAAUAUAAAAAUUUUCUUUUUUUUCCAUAUACGAUUAAUAACAAACGAUUAUAAAUCAAAAAAUUCAAUACGCAAUAUCUGUCGUUCAAAUUCAUUGGUAGCGUCACAUGCACAUAAGAAUUAUUUCUUUAUUAUUUCUCGCAAACAAAAUUUUACAAAACGCAGAUUUAUCUAAUCUUUUUUUAAAAUUACAAUGUCAAAAUAUUAUUUACGAUUAUAAGGGGGGAGGCGGGGACAAAAUUUUCCAACGUACAAAAUUAUGAAUAUUAAAUCGUUAAAAUUCGCAAUUUAUUCCUUAACAAAGCCAACAAAACUUACGAGAUACUAAAUUAUCCAUUCUUCUUAGGCGCAUAAAGCUGUGAGCAUUAAAUUAUUAAAAAUCGCGGUUUAUUUCUUACAAAGGCUAACAAAUCUAACAAAAUGUUAAAUUAUUCAAUUUUCUGAAUUGCCAAUUUUCUAAAUUAAAAAUUCCAAAGGCACACAAGGUACUAAACGUUAAAUUAUUAGAAAUCGCAAUUUAUUUCUUAUUUUAUUUAAUUUCAUUUACAAAGACUAAGACGCCAAAUGCCGAAUUAUCCAAUCUUUGAAAUUAACCGAAGCAAAAAACACGAUUUGAUUUCGAUGCUUUCCCUCGAGUCGACGUUUCUCUAAGUCGCAUCAACGAUUCCAAUCACGUAUCGAAGCGUGUGUCAAAUACAUCAUAAUUCACGAUGACGAGAGAGAGAGAGAGAGAGAGGGAGAGGGAGAGAGAGAUCUCGAAUAUUGAACAAUAAUUUUCGUAAUGCGUGCAUGUUCUCGUUAAAUAAUGUUUAGUUUCAAUUAUAGUAUAAUUUCGUGUAUAAUUUCACGAUUUUAAAUUACAAAAAGAUUGUAUUCUUGUGAAUACAAUACGAAUUAAUUAAUUAAUACUCUGUGAAAUUCCAAUGAGAAAUCGUUGUAUUAUUUAUGAAUUUUUGAUUUAAAUGUUAAAUUCUUCUAACACUUCGUUGUGUAUAAGUUGAUAGGAUAUUCAUUUAUUCAAGUUUGGAUAAGAAAAUGCUGCUUAUCAGUGAUAAUUCCGCGUAAAGCAAAAAACUGCAGAUAAAGUUUAAAAUAUUUAUCUAUAAUUACGGGUUAUUUAAAAUGUUUUGCGCGUCUUUCAAUUUAUUAGAACGAAUAUUUGUGUCUAGGAAAGCUUAUCUACAAAAAAAAAAAAAAAAAAAGAAAAAGAAAUUGAUCGGACUUCAAGAUUGUUAAAUAUACCUUCUAUUUAUUAUUAAUUAUAUGUAAAUUAUCUUAAUUAUCAUUAUUAAUUGAUAAUUUUUCACGGAAUACUUAUCAAAAUUUAAAAAUACAAAUUUUUCCUUAAACGAAAUCGUUUGAAAAUUAUUUUAAAAUUCUAAUCUUUCCCCACCAAAAUUAUUUAAAAAUUAUUCGAUAAUCCUUUUCCUCGGUGAAUUUUUCCAUAAAUAUUCGCGUUGUCAGAUCAUUAAAGAUGCAAGUCAUUAAGGAUAGAUGAAUCGAAUCUGUCCAUGAACAUCUCGCUUCCUUCACACGAGGUACACGCCAUUACCAUUUACAUACGUAGCCCUGAAAUUUUUUGAAUUCUAUUCUACAUCGCAUUUGCGUGUAUUGAAUAAUGGAAAAAAAAAAAAGGAAAAGAAAAUCUAAUCUACGCAAUGAAUGGAUAGAACCAGUGCAAUUUUCCCAUUGUUCCUAUUUGCAAAGUACAAUGUCUUCUCAUUGCCACGCCUCCUGGUUAUCUGAAUUAUUCAUGGAAAUGAAAAAGAUAUUUUUCACGAGGUAAAAUGCAACUUCGUCGAGGAGGAAGAUCGUUUUUAAAGGGCAAUUUAAUUUUUUGAGGGGGAGCGAAUUGCCACUCAAUGGCCCUGCGUUUAAACGUCACUUUACCGAAGACAUUGUCGUUCAAGGAUUUACUUACAUCGCGAGGAAAAUUGAAUUUUGUUGGAUGAAUGGAAAGAAUGUGGCACUUUCGAAAUCUCGUUGAUCUCGUUGGGGAAAAAAUGGUGGUGAACUGGAAAAUUAUCACAGAGGAGAUUGUGUUAAAUAAACUGCGUUAUGUAAAUUAAAAAAAAAAAAUUAUUGAAAAAGCGAUUUUUAUGAUUUGAUAUUUCGUUAAUUGACAAAGGAAAGAAUUUCCAAUAUUUUUACUCUGAUAAUUUAAUAUUCUAAAGGAAUUUUAAUUAUUUUAAUAUUUUUAAUUUAGAUGUUCGAUAUUUGGCGUUGAUAAAGAAAAUUGAUAAAGAAAAAAAGAAUUUUCAAUUGCAAGAAAAUAAUUUAGCAUUCAUUUAAGAAUUUCCAAUGGUAGAAUUUCAUCAGAUAAAAAGAAUUUUGAAUUUGUUUGAAUAAUGAUACAAAAAAGGCUGUCAAAAUUAAAAUUUUCUUUUCUGUAGACAAUAGUCUCACUUAAUCUAUUAUUUAUAAUUAUAAUUCAUUAUUUAAUAGAAUAUUAAAGAACUAGUUUCUGAAGCAUAAACAAAUAUUUUUUAAAUUUUCAAAUUUCAAUAAAAAUUAUUUUCGUAAUUUUCAAAAGAUUCUCUUUUAUUGAAUCUUAAAGACUGAAAUUCGUAUCGUAGAAAUCAAUCGCACGUUGAUCUUGACAUUCUGCUAAUUUUCCUCGCGAUCGUGUGAAAAAUGAAAUAUAAAGCGUGGAAAUGCGGAUACCAUUGUGGAAAAGGAAUUUCCAGAUACUCUGUAGAGUAUUUAUCGAGGGAUGUGAGAGGAGUUACCUUGACCUCGCUCGUCAUAGAUAUCGUUUCUGCUAUACGAUAUUUCGUUUUCUUAUCUUCACUGAAGCCGCAAUUACUAUCUAUCCGAUUGCUUAACGCUUCGUUGCAAUCGAUUCGAAAAAGAAAAAUUUACAAGAAUAAAAAUGGACAGAUCAACUUUUCCAUUUGGUAAACUCGUGUUUCCAUCGUGAUGGAAUUUAUUUUUACAUUCGUGAUUCUCGAUCGAGGAAUUUUUUCGAGCUCGAAACAAUCAAAAUAUGGAUAUGUACAUAACUUAAUUGUGAAAAAAAAAGGGAAGUUAAUCGUAUUCGAGAUUUUUAAAUAUAUUAUGCAAAUUAAUAUAUUUAAUAAAAAAAUAUAGCAGUUAAAUUAAAAACUAAUUAUUUAGUUUGAUAGAUUUUUAUUUUUUUCGAAUUUUUAUUUAUAAUUUCUAUGUAUUUAGUUAUCUUAAUAAUAUUAGUUUGGAUGGUUUAACGUGGUUCUAGAAAUUUUUGAACGCGAAAAACAAAUUGUAAAUUGAUACUUGACAUUAAUAAAGGUAUUUGACUUAUCUUUUUGUUAAAUAUUUAUUCUAUUAUAUAUUUUUCAACUUUUGUUUAAUAUUUUUCAUAUAAAUCGUAUUUCAUUAAAUAAAAAACACUUAUCGUACAAUCAGAUUUAAUUUAUAAGUAUGUUCGUAUCUUAUCGAAUUUUUUCAAUUAAGUAUUUUUCAAUAAGUCUCAAAAUAUUAAUAAAUAUUGAUAGACGAUGGUCGAGGAUGCAAACAUUUAUAAGUAAAAGGAAUAAAAAUAAGAAAAAAAAAGGAAGAAAGUUUAAUAAAUACAUUUUUAUAACGAAAUUAUUCCUUUAUUUUAUUAAUAUAUAAUCAUUUUUAUCGCGUACAAUUUUAUAUAUAUCUUUAACAAACAUUAUUUGCGAAUGAUUCUUCAUUAGUUUCCCGAUAAAUUAAUUAUUUUUGAAUGUAUAAUGAAAACGAAGAGAUGUCGUUCGUUUUUGUAUGGAAAUUUGUUAAAAAAUGAAAUAAUUAACGUGCUUUUAAUUAAAAUACUAUGGAACAGCAGACUGAUAUAUCAAGUUACAAAGAAAUAAUGAUUUUAAAUGGUAACAAAGAGAAUUUUUUAAAAAAUACAAGAUGUUUAUCUAAAAUAUACAAAGCUCAACUAUUCUAAUUAAAUUAUGGAUUUCUGCAAAAUAUCUUUUAUCUUAUAAAAAAAAUAGGGCCAAAGCAAACAUCUCUUAAAUCCCUUUCAUCCCUUAAAUAUUGUACAAUUUGUCAUGUUCAAAUUUCGGAAUAAAUGCAUAUUUGCAUCUGUAGUUUACUCAUAUGGAGUGGUUUACUCAAUAUUCAGAGGAUAAUAUUUAAUAGCUAAAACACACUCAUCUUUCCCACCUUAUAUUUAUUUUUUUAAAUUCAAUUUCUCCACAUGUAUAUAUACAAACCACUCAAAAUUAUUUAAAUUCACUUCAAAUCAUCCUGGAAUUCCAUUCCAAUUCCCAUCAUCACAAUCCCCAAAUUCACAAAUUCAUCAAAUUCGCCCUCCCAGUCUCUCCCUUAAAAAAAGAAAGAAGCAAGAAAAAUAUGCCUACGAAACUGCACCACGAAAUCGCGACAUGUGUCCUCCGUUGCGUUCGACACCUUCGAUCACGGAUCCUCGUCACGUGCGAUCAAAGAAGAAGAAGAUCCCGAGAGAAAAAAACAGUCGCGCGAAGCCUUUCGCCUUGGCCUAAGAUAAACGUAGCUGAAACUUUAAUCGGCGACCAAUCACGCCGGGGGAGUGUUCCGUGCCAGACCAAUGAACAGCGCCUCCUUAUCAACCUGGCCACACACAUAUAAACCGAGCACCGGUUCCGUCCACCGUGCAGAAAGGGUCCGGCCAAACCGAACUUCCUAUAACCCACGUAACCGCAAUUUUUCCUUCCCCACACAUCCAUCUACCGUGCAAAUCGUCGCUCGGCUUAUUAACUCACUAACUCUCCUUAUUACUUAACCACGAACGUUGGGACUCGAAGACGUUGGAGGCUUCCGCUCGCGUCGUGUGCCGCAACAGCGGCCAGCCAACUGUCAGCGGAAGGCCGAGCGCGAUCGCUCGUUAUAACGCUGCUGCUCGUUCGUUAAAGUGGCGCUCCACGCGCGUAUCAGUCGGUCGGUCGAUCGUCGUACGAUUCAGCCGCGUGCCUAGCCAGCAGCCCAGCCGUGGGUGGACGAGGAAAAAAGAAAGAAGCGCGCAUUGUUCCCGUGGCAGCGGGAAUAAACUGUCGAACGGGCAUUCGUCUCGUCCGUUGUUUAGUUGGCCACCCACCCCCUCGGGAGGAAACGAGGAUGCCAGCAGCAGCCGGACUUUUCGCGUUUCUCGGCGUCGCUCUGAUCGCCUCCUUGACCGAUGCCGCCUCCAUCAGACGUGCCAACCGCAAGGCCAUGGACUGCUAUAGCGAGAUCUAUUGCACGGGAGAGCUGCUGAAGACGAUACAGCUGGCUGAAAUCUUCCCAGACAGCAAGACGUUCGUCGAUCUUCAUCAGAUAAACGACCCCGAAAUAACUCUUUCCAACUUCUACAGUUUGAUGAAUGAAACGGGGAACAAACCGAGUAAAAGUCAGCUGGUGAGAUAUGUUAAUGAAAAUUUCGCCUCGUCGAACGAGCUCGUGAACUGGACGCUGUCAGAUUGGACGGAGAGCCCUUCGAUCUUGAAACGAAUCAACGAUGCCAAGUAUCGAGAGUGGGCGAAACAUCUGAACGAAAUUUGGAAGGAAUUGGCGAGGAAGAUCAAUCCAGAGGUGGCCGAGUAUCCUGAGAGGCAUAGUUUGAUAUACGUGAACAAUGGAUUCAUCGUUCCUGGUGGUCGCUUUAAAGAAUUUUAUUACUGGGACAGUUACUGGGUGAUUGAAGGUCUGCUGUUAUCCGACAUGUAUCAAACUGCCAGGGGAAUGAUAGACAAUUUCUUAUACAUGGUGAAGAAAUAUGGUUUCAUACCCAAUGGUGGCAGAAUUUAUUACCUUAUGAGAAGCCAGCCACCUCUAUUACAUCUCAUGGUCUCAAGAUAUUUGGACUUCACUGGGGAUUAUGAUUAUUUACGUUCGAUUAUAUCCACUCUGGAAACUGAAUUUUCUUUCUGGCAACGAGAGAAGAUGAUCGAUGUUGAGAAGGAUGGAAAAAUAUAUAAAAUGGCACACUACGUGGUUAAUAGUACCAGUCCUCGACCAGAAAGUUACAGAGAGGAUUAUCUCAUGGCGCAGCGGAUACCCGAAAAAUCACGGGAUUUCUUUUACAAUAAUAUAAAGGCGGGCGCCGAAAGUGGCUGGGACUUUUCCAACAGGUGGUUCAUACGAAACAACAAUAGCAGUACGCUCAGUUUAUACAAUAUCUCCACGCAAUACAUAAUACCUGUCGACCUUAAUGCGAUUCUGCAACAAAAUGCCCGGCUCCUCGGCGAAUUUCACACUCUGCUCGGGAACAAUGCGAAAUCUCAGUAUUAUCAGAAGAUAGCAUCUCAACUUCAAACGGCCAUCGACAAUGUUCUGUGGAACGAAGCGGAUGGAAUAUGGCUGGAUUACGAUCUGAAGAACCAGAGGCCUAGGCAUAUGUUCUACCCUUCGAAUCUUGCGCCACUUUACACCAAAAGUUACAAUCGUGGUCAACGUGAAUAUUAUGGCGCAGCUACUUUGAGAUAUCUCAAAUCGCAGAAUAUCGACAACUUCUUUGGAGGUACACCCACGUCACUAAAUCAUACGGGGGAACAAUGGGAUUUUCCAAACGCGUGGCCACCGUUACAAUCGUUUAUCGUAAUGGGCCUCCACUGGACUGGGGCUAGGGAAGCAAUGGAUUUCGCCCAUGAAUUGGCGUUUAGAUGGCUUGCUGCUAAUUACGCUGGUUAUAAGGAAACCGGGCAAAUGUUUGAGAAGUACGAUUCGAUCGUGCCCGGCCAAGGCGGUGGUGGAGGGGAAUACAACGUGCAGACAGGGUUCGGAUGGACUAACGGGGUGGUCUUAGAGUUCCUCAACACCUUCUCGAGCAUCAAGGUGAGGGAGGUUGGAUACGAGGACGACUUAACCGAGGUUGAACAAUAACAGGUUUCAUUGGUGAUAAUGCAACGUGUAUUUUCCAACGAUUCUAGUCCACACGGAAAUACAGGGCAGCGCGUUUUAUAAAACCCACCGUUUGUUCGAUACAAGUCUAUGUAUAUUUUCAGUAAAAUUUAUCGAAAGUUUGAAAAUUGUAGAGGAGAAUCUCUUUCUAUCGUUUUCGAAUCGAAAUAAUUCUAAAUGAAUAAUUACAAAUGCGUUAAAAAUAGAUAUGCUUUUAUCUUGAAGCAAAUAUAAGAAAAAGAAA